AUGAUGUUACGGCCAAUUUCAACCCUCUCAACUCUUUCCUUAGUCUUAAUAGGAACUCUGCCGGGCAGAGUCCUCGCAGCCCAAACUCUCACGACAACAGGUUAUACAUCAUGUUUGGCCGAUUCAAAUAUCUCAGUCCAGAAGAUGGCUGUCACGUACAAUAAUGACGCGAAAACAGUCACCUUCGAUGUGGCCGGAUCCAGUACCAAAUCUCAAAACGUCACGGCUGAGAUAAACGUUACUGCAUAUGGAAUAUCAGUUUAUUCAAACACCUUCAACCCAUGUGAUUCGACCACAUUUGUAGAACAAUUGUGUCCGAUCCCCGUGGGAGUUUUUGCUGCCUCUGGAACACAAGCAAUUCCAGACCAAUAUGCCUCGAUGAUUCCCGCCAUUGCUUUCUCGGUACCUGAUAUUUCCGCCAUAGCUACAAUCGAACUCAAGGACUUGAGCACCGCAGAAGAGGUUGCUUGCGUGCAAGCAGAUGUCACUAAUGGUAAAACUACUGCUGUGGCCGCUGUAUCAUAUGUUGCUGCAGCUGUAGCCGGAGCUGCUGCUGUUGUAGGUGGAGUUUCAGCACUCGGUGCCGCAGCCAGUGGAGCAGGCGGAGGAGCGGCCACUAGCCCUUCGUUCACGGAAUGCAUGACGUGGUUUCAGGGCAUGGCUAUGAAUGGAAUGAUGUCCGUCAACUAUCCUCCGGUCUAUCGACAAUUCACCAAGAACUUUGGAUUCAGUACUGGUAUUAUUCCUUGGACCGCCAUGCAACAAUCGAUUGACAGUUUCCGAGCUGCUACUGGAGGUAAUUUGACGACUGAUAGUGUUACAUAUUUGAGAAAUGCUACGUUGGUAUUCUUAGAUGGAUCAACUGAUACUCCCUCCAAACGAUCAUUACUAUACCUUCGAGAUGUUGUUACGUCAAUCAAUGGAACGGAUGAUGCUAGUGACACCACCACUACGACAGCAAUCAUCGAAGAAAAAGUAGCGGGAAUCAAGGCCUACAUUGAAGAACUUUCAGUUCCACAAGCCAACACUUUCAUGACAGUUCUCCUUAUCGUUGCUUGUGUUAUAGCCGCUAUUGUCGUCGCAGUACUUGCUUUCAAAGUCCUCCUCGAAACCUGGGCCCUCUUCGCAUCUUUCCCAAAAAGUCUUACCGGAUUCCGAAAACAUUACUGGCAAACUAUGGCUCGUCUCACCGUUCAAUUGAUUCUUGCUCUCUACGGUGUAUGGGUUCUUUACUGUAUAUUCCAAUUCACCAAUGGCGAUUCAUGGGCUGCCAAAACACUUGCUGCUGUUACAUUGACUAUCUUCACUGCUGUGCUUGUAUUCUUCGCCUACAAAAUUUCCUCGGCGGCAAAGAAGCUUAAGGAGAGAGAUGGAGAUGUGUCAGGCUUGUACGAGAAGAAGGACAAUUGGCUCAAAUACAGUAUGUUCUACGAGAACUACAAGAAGGAUUUCUGGUGGUUGUUCGUCCCAGCUAUCAUCUACAUGUUCGCAAAAGGAUGCGUGUUAGCAGCAGCCGAUGGACAUGGUCUCACUCAAACCGUUGCUCAACUCAUCAUCGAAUGCCUCAUGCUCUCACUUCUCCUUUGGAGUCGCCCUUACGAGAGAAAAUCCGCCAACGUGAUUAACAUGUUCGUCCAAGCCGUCCGUGUCCUCUCUGUCAUAUGUAUCCUCGUCUUUGUUGAAGAACUUGGUAUCGCCGAAACCACCCAAACUGUCACCGGCGUCGUCCUUAUUGCCAUUCAAUCAGUUCUCACUGGUACCCUCGCCAUCCUCAUUGGUGUCAACGCCGUCAUCUCAAUCAUUAAACAAAACCCCCAUCGAAAACGUCGCAAGGAAGCUGAAAAACUUAACCGCGACCUUGAUAAUCUCACUCCCCUCGACGCCCGCAACUCUCUCCUCAUGGACUCUAAAUCUAGCAUUCAUUCCUAUGAGGCCGAUCCAAAACACCCAUAUCUACACUCCACUCACGAGACACAUGAACCCUCAAGUUUCAUGAACGAGCCCGCGAACCCAUAUUCGCGCAGCCAAGAAAAUCUCGUCGGUGGAGCCGCGCCAGUGGCUGGAACUGGGCAUCAGAGCCGUCAGCCUACCGUCCCGAAUAUGAAUAUGGGAGGUGGAAAUUCCGGGGGAGCUUAUAGGGGGAUGGCUUAUUAG